AUGAGGCCAGCUUUGCUGGCGUGCGCUAUCGCAGCCUUCCUCUCUACCUCUAUCGCAGCGCCACCAGGAUCGCAAAGAGGGGCCGCAGUAAUAGCAGAUGAGGCUGUCCAGGGAGAGACUCCUGCUGAAGGAGGAGACGGUGUGGAUUAUACGGUCUUCAAUGGCAUCAAGGUGCCGCCGAUGAAAGAAAUACAAGGCGAUGAGUUCGCCGAGACGAUAAAAGAUGGAUAUUGGUGGGUUAAACAUUACUCGCCUUAUUGCGGCCACUGCAAAGCGAUCGCGCCACUCUGGCAGACUCUCUACGAAUUCUACGCAACGUCAGAUCCUUUACAGGGUAUGACAAAGUCUGGUCAGCCCGACUUGUUCUCUCCAAACAGCUUUCACGGAUAUUACAAUUUCCACUUUGCCUCGAUAAAUUGCAUUGCCUUUGGGGAUGUUUGCGAUAAGAACGGGGUGAGGGCUUGGCCAACAUUCCUAUUGUACAAAGAUGGGGAAUUCGUCGAAAAAUUCACUGGAGGAAGAUCAAUGGAGGAUUUCAGCAACUAUGUCGAAGAAAAGCUGGAACAGAUAAAGCCCGGCUCGAGACCCAGAGAAGGUGUCCACGUUCCCAAGCCUGGUGCAAAGAGUGUUGACAGAACAGCCGAGCCCGAAAAGCCACUGGCCAAGGACAAAGAUGUCGCGGCCGGCGCCGCAGCUGGGGAGAAGCAGAACAAGGCAGCGGCGCUGUCGACCGAGACCACCUCAUCAAUGUUGGCUUCGGAGACCGCGAAACUCGGAAAGUCUCUGAAUGCGAAGACUGGCCUCCAACCGAAUCCCAAAGGAGCCUCCGUCCCUUUAAUUCCAGAGUCCUUCCAAAAGCUCGUCACUACUUCUCAAGACCCAUGGUUUGUCAAGUUUUACGUGCCAUGGUGUUCGCACUGUCAGCAUCUGGCUCCGACAUGGGCCCAAUUGGCGAAAGAAAUGGAAGGCAAGCUCAACAUUGGAGAGGUCAACUGUGAAGCGUCACCGCGGCUAUGCAAGGACGCCAAGGUCAGCGCUUAUCCCACCGUCUACUUUUUCCGCGGCGGCGAGCGUGUCGAGUAUGAAGGCCUUCGGGGUCUAGGCGACCUUCUCUCGUUUGCAAACAAAGCGCUGGAUAGCGAUGUCAAGUAUGUUGACGCCGCUGCGUUCAAGGAGAUGGAAGAGACGGAGGAAGUAAUCUUCAUCUAUUUCUUCGACCAUGCCACGACGUCUGAAGACUUUGCAGCCCUCGAUCGACUGACUCUCAGCCUGAUCGGACAUGCAAAGAUUGUCAAGACGGACUCUGAGAUCCUGGCGAAUCGGUUCAAGAUCUCAACUUGGCCAAGGCUGUUGGUGUCCCGGGAUGGACGACCAAGCUACUACAAUGCCCUUGCUCCCAAGGACAUGCGUGAUUUUAGACGCGUCCUGACAUGGAUGCAAUCGGUCUGGCUACCAAUUGUACCUGAACUGAGCGCUUCCAAUGCGAAGGAGAUCAUGAGCGGAAAAUAUGUGGUACUGGGCAUCCUUUCUCGAGACCGACCGGACGAGUUUCUCCAAUCCAAGAGGGAGUUAAAGAACGCCGCACUGGAGUGGAUGGAUAAGCAAACACAAGCUUUUCAACUUGAGAGACAAGAACUGCGUGACUCGAAGCAAUUGCGCAUCGAAGAGGCCGAAGAUCGCAAUGACCAACGGGCUUUACGCCAAGCAAAGAGCCGAGUCAUCAGCAUCACCGAGGAAACAUUCCGGAAGCAGGUCGCCUUUGCCUGGGUGGAUGGUGUUUUCUGGGAGAGAUGGUUGAGGUCAACGUACGGCGUGGACGUCUCGAAGGGUGAGAGGGUGAUUAUUAACGAUGAGGAUAACCGACGUUAUUGGGACGUCACCGACUCUGGGGCCUAUAUCAUGCCCUCCCGGACUUCCAUUCUCGAAACGCUACCCCGAAUCGUUGCCAACCCGCCGAAGCUGACUCCGAAGUCCACCAUCGGCGCCUUUGAGAAUGUUUUCUUCCAGAUCCGAAAUUUCGGCACCUACCACCCGUACCUGUCGUUCGGACUGCUCAUAAUAAGUGUGGUGAUGCUAUUCUGGGUGUUGAGGAAUGGCAGCACCAUUAAGAGGACACUAAGUCGGAAUAGCUCAGGCUAUUUCCACUUGGAUGGAAAGGAGGGACUUUUGGGAACCACGAACGGCAAGGCCGAUUGA